AUGCAGAUCUUCGUUAAGACCCUGACGGGCAAGACCAUCACCCUCGAGGUUGAGUCGUCCGACACCAUCGAGAAUGUCAAGCAAAAGAUCCAGGACAAGGAGGGCAUUCCUCCGGAUCAGCAGCGUCUGAUUUUCGCCGGCAAGCAGCUUGAGGACGGCAGGACCCUUGCGGAUUACAACAUCCAGAAGGAGUCCACCCUUCACCUCGUCCUCCGUCUCCGUGGUGGCGGUAAGAAGAGGAAGAAGAAGGUGUACACCACCCCCAAGAAGAUCAGGCACAAGAAGAAGAAGGUCAAGCUGUCCGUCCUCAAGUACUACAAGGUUGACGAGAACGGUAAGAUCACCCGUCUCAGGCGCGAGUGCCCCGCUGCUCAGUGCGGCGCUGGUGUGUUCAUGGCCAGCCAUGCCGACCGCCAGUACUGCGGCAAGUGCCACCUGACCUUUGUCUUCAACGCCCCUGAGAAGAAGUAA